AUGCCUGUUUCCUCCAAUUAUCCCCCGAUUGACAUUCCCGAACUGGACCUCUGGUCGUUUCUCUUUGAGCGGAAGGACCGGCCUUAUUCCGAUGACAAGAUCAUCUACCAGGACGCUGACACCAAACGUCAUUACACCUACAAGACCCUCCAAGAUGCGGCGUUGGAAUUCGGCAAAGGCCUCAAAGCCAAUUACAACUGGAAAAAGGGAGACGUUCUUGCCCUUUUUACGCCCAACUCAAUCGAUACCCCAGUUUUGAUGUGGGGAACCCUCUGGGCCGGCGGAGUCGUCUCCCCCGCAAACCCAGCCUACACCGCCGAUGAACUAGCCUUCCAACUCAAAAACUCCGGCGCAAAGGUCCUCGCGACUCAGCCUGCUGUUCUGUCAGUUGCCAAGGAAGCCGCGAAAAAGGUCGGCAUUAGUGAAGACCAUAUUAUUUUGGUCGGUGACCAGCGCGAUCCCGAGGCUCGGACUAAGCACUUUACCUCUGUCCUGAACAUUUCUCGUGCGACUCGGUAUCGCAGGCAGAAGAUUGCACCCAACGAUGUCGCUUUUUUGGUUUACUCUUCUGGUACCACAGGUGUACCUAAGGGUGUGAUGCUAUCGCAUAGGAACAUUAUCGCCAAUGUUUUACAACAGGCUAAGGCUGAAGGUAACAAUUUGAGCUGGAGCGGUGGCCCGGAUGGGAAGGGAGACCGGAUUUUGGCCUUUUUGCCAUUUUAUCACAUUUACGGAUUGACCUGCCUUAUCACACAAGCUUUGUACAAGGGGUAUCACCUUCUUGUCAUGGCGAAAUUUGAUAUUGAGAGCUGGUGCGCCCAUGUUCAGAACUACCGGGUCACGUUCAGCUACAUCGUACCUCCAGUAGUGUUGCUUCUCGGUAAGCACCCGGUGGUUGACAAGUACGACCUUUCCAGUCUGCGCAUGAUGAACUCCGGCGCAGCACCACUUACGCAAGAGCUGGUGGAGAAUGUGUAUGCGCGCAUCAAGGUUGGCAUCAAACAAGGAUAUGGACUAAGUGAGACCAGUCCUACCACGCACACGCAGCGAUGGGAGGAUUGGCGGGAUCAAAUCGGCUCUGUGGGCCACUUGAUGCCUGGCAUGGAGGCUAAGUACAUGACCAUGCCCGAGGAUGACUCUGUUUCCACCGAGGUAACCGUCGGCGAAGUCGGUGAACUGUACUUGCGUGGUCCAAAUGUCUUUCUAGGCUACCAUAACAACCCGGCUGCGACUCAGGAGUGUCUGUCUGCCGAUGGUUGGUUCCGAACCGGUGAUGUGGGCUAUCAGGAUGCCAAUGGUAAUUUCUUCAUCACGGAUCGGGUAAAGGAGCUUAUCAAGUACAAGGGUUUCCAAGUUCCUCCCGCCGAGUUGGAAGGAAUUCUGGUGGAUUCUGACGCAAUUGAUGAUGUUGCGGUGAUAGGGCUUGAGAGCGAGGCGCAUGGUUCGGAGGUGCCAAUGGCUUGUGUGGUUCGCAGUGCGAAGAGCAAGUCCUCUGGAAUGAGCGAGAAGGAUGAAGCAGCGAAGAUUGUUAAGUGGUUGGAUGGCAAGGUUGCCCCUCACAAACGACUUCGUGGUGGUGUGCGGUUCGUGGAUCAGAUCCCCAAGAAUCCUAGCGGGAAGAUUCUACGCCGAAUGCUCAAGCAGCAAUUCAAGGAUGAUUUGAAGGGCCCCAAAGCCAAGCUAUAA